AUGAUUUUGGAACAAGGCUUUAAGUUGGAGGCUUUUUCUUUGUGGUGGCAAAUCACAUCAUACGAAGCAGUGGUACUCAUCUCUCGUAUCGUAUCCAGUCUCUCCCGUCCUGGUGUGCACAAGGCUUACUCCCACUGGUUUCAAACGGAAAAGGAUAUUUUAAAAUUACGAGAAGAUCUAAGAAAAUGUCAGCAGGAAAAGGCAACACUAGAGAUUGAGCUUAAACAUGCAAGGAGCCAAAUAAAACUGGAAUUCCAAAAACGUACACAAGUAGAAAAUGACAGAAAUACUUUGGAAAAACUAAUUGAGAUGAUUCAAAGUUUGCUGAAUGAUAAAAACAAAUCAGUGUUGGAUGAGAAAGACAUGAAGAAAUUAGCAUUCCUGAAUUCUUACCAACGAUCAGAUGUUGGGAAGAGAAAGGCUACUGACAAUCACAUGCGAGAAUCCUCUGCUUCCUGCCUUUCAGACAUCAGUUAUGAUGUUACUGAUGAUGACCUUGAUGUUUCAGUCUCUAAGGAUUUCCAGACAGAAGGUACCCCACCUAAAAAGAAAAGAACUAGUCGUGAUGCUGACACUUCAAUAGUGACACGAACCAGUGUUCAUCUUGAUCCUGAAUCUGGAAAGCCCCAUGCAACAACUACAACACAGAUUAAUAUGCCCAAGCUGAACAAAAGUUUCAGUGAACCAUUGCUUGAUGUACAAUUCAAAAAGUCUGGGUGUGAUUCUGAUGAGGAAGAAGUAUGGACACUUCGUCCAGGACAAACACCCAGGUCCAGGAAAAGGAAUUCAAAGUCCUCACAUCAACGAACACAAUCAGAUUCUGAUUCUCCUUUUCUACGAAAAGCUAAUUCUGCUUCAUCUGGUCUGAACAAAAUUCAUAUCUUCAUGUCCAAAACUGUAAUAAAGCCUGAAUAUUGUCAGCCUUGUGGUGUCAAGAUCAAAUUUGGUAAAAUGGCAAUGCGUUGUAAAGAGUGCAAAAUUAUCUGUCAUCCAGAAUCUCAAUUUCUUUUUUUGCUUUCUCUGUUUUAUCUUUUUCUUUUUCCUUUCUCUAUUUUUUUUUUCGUUUCUUUUCUCUUUUUUUCUUUUUCUCUUUUUUUCUUUUUUUUUUUUUUUUUUUUUUUUCUUUUUUUCUUUUUUGUCUUUUUGUCUUUUUCUCUUUUUUGUCUUUUUCUCUUUUUUGUCUUUUUCUCUUUUUUGUCUUUUUCUUUUCUCUUUUUUGUCUUUUUCUUUUCUCUUUUUUGUCUUUUUCUUUUCUCUUUUUUGUCUUUUUCUUUUCUCUUUUUUGUCUUUUGUCUUUCUCUUUUUUGUCUUUUGUCUUUGUUUUCUUUUGUCUUUGUUUUCUUUUGUCUUUGUUUUCUUUUCUCUUUGUUUUCUUUUCUCUUUGUUUUCUUUUCUCUUUGUUUUCUUUUCUCUUUGUUUUCUUUUCUCUUUGUUUUCUUUUCUCUUUGUUUUCUUUUCUCUUGUUUUCUUUUUCUUUGUUUUCUUUUUCUUUGUUUUCUUUGUUUUCUUUUUUCUUUGUUUUCUUUUCUCUUUGUUUUCUUUUCUCUUUGUUUUCUUUUCUCUUUGUUUUCUUUUCUCUUUCUCUGUUUUUUCUGUUGCUUUCCUUUUUCUCACUUUCUUUUUGGGGAAAAUGCUGAACGCCAAGUAAAAGAACUAAAAGAAAAAUUUUGGAAAGGCAAAUCAACACCAAAUUUGAGCCUUGUUGAUGACAUCAAUGUUGUUUGUGCAUGUCUAAAAGACUUUUUAAGAAAUCUCAAAGAAUCCCUUAUCACUUACAGAUUGUGGCCAGAAUUUGUUAAGGCUGUUACUGAAAACAAAAAUACUAUUGACACUGCUUUGUAUGAAGCCAUCAGCAAAUUGCCUUCAGCCAACAGGGAUACUUUAGCCUUCCUCAUAAAGCACUUACAAUUAGUUGGCCACACUCCAGAGUGUCGAAUGCCAAUACAGAAUUUGGCUAAAGUGUUUGGCCCGACUAUUGUAGGAUUCUCUCACCCUGAACCUGAAGCCAAGGAUAUUUUACAUGAAACCAAACUCCAGUCAAUGGUGAUGGAACAGUUAUUGGUUCUACCAGCAAAUUAUUGGAAUAAUUACUUCCAACCAGAAAAUUUUCCAGAUGAAAAUAUUCCAACAUCGCCAGAAGAUAAACAAGUUCUGCACAGUAUGUUGGGUCCAGUUGGCAUAACCCCCACAGGUUCAUCAAGCAAAUUCAAUCAAGUAACACCUACACCCAAGUUUGUGCUUCGAAAUAGGGACAUCAACAAGCAAAGAAAAAACUUUUUUGAUUCCCCAACUCUCGAAUAA